UCCUAAUAUUAGCAAUCUCUCUCAUUAUAGUCAAUAGUGGUAGAUUAACUGCAGACAUUUAUGUUGAAUCUCUUUGUCCUUAUUGCAUGAUGUUUAUUAAAGAUUCACUUUAUACAGCAAUUACAACUCCAAAUAUUGAAUAAAUGGUUCACAUAAGAUUAAUUCCUUAUGGAAAUACUAAGAGAAAGAUUGUAGAUGGAAAAUGGGUAUUCACAUGUCAACAUGGUGAAGCUGAAUGUUAUGGAGAUUUAAUUGAAUUAUGUGCUUAAGAUAGUAUAGUCAAAGCUUUGGGAGCUGUAGCAGCAGAAAUUCCAAAAGCAGGAGUUGUCCAUUGCAUUGAAAAUUAUAUUUAAAAGCCUUAUACAAAUAAUUCAUUUGUUUAAGCUGCAUUACAUUGUUAAUAAUUCUAUCCUUAUGAAGCUAAUGAUGUAAUCAAUUGUGCUAGUGUAUUAUAUUAAUUAAAUAAUUAGAAUUCUUAUGGAGAAUUGUUACAUUUAAUUGCUGCAGAUGAAACUGAUAAUCUAGUACCUAAACAUAAGGGAGUUCCAUGGGCAGUAGCUAAUAAAUAAUUUACUGAAGAAACUGGAGAUGAAAUCAUCAAUAAUUUAUUAAGAUGGGCAUGUUAAAAUUAUGAUGGAGAAAAAAUCGAAGCUUGUUAUACUUAAUAAGAAUGA